CGCGGUAAUCAGACUCGGGGAAUGUACCUCGGCUGUCCUGCCAGGUUUUUUCUGCUGCUACACAUUUUCAGGUACUGUUUCCUGCGAAAUGGAGACAACGGUGUACACUUCAGCUGUGAAGUAAAGGAAAAUCAGGGGGAGGUUGUAUGACGGUUUGUGGCCUACAUCUGAACUUGUUCAUCUUAGCCAUAAAGGAACCCCUUAAACUGGUGUGACUUAAAACAAGGGCAGAUCAUCUCACACACCUGCACACCUCCUAAACCAGGUUCCUGCCACCAUGUCCUAGAUAGCAGUCUAUUUCCUGAGCAUCUUCCUUAAACCCUAGUCCCUCUUUCCGUCUUCCUUCUCCGUACCAUCUCUAAUCCCCGAUCCCAAUGUGGUAAUUGCUGGUCACAGCACCAGUGGCGCCCAGUUUGGCGUGAUGAGCAGCCUGCACCAGCAGCAUCAUGGCAGCACAGGCUCAGAGCGAGAUCUUCACUCUGCUGGCUCCUCUGUUAGCCUUCCCACAGUUAGAAAGACUCCCAAGAAGCGCCGUCUUUCUCUCCAUGCAAUCUUUGGGCGCCGACGCCGGCCCGAGCGUGACCCCAAGCGCAAGUCGAGGGCUCUGCAGGCUGAAGUUGGGGUGGAUGGUGUCGUCAGCCUCGAAACUGCACAGGCAGAGACUUUGCAGGAUAAAACUGCAACCAACUCUCCAUUAGAUGUAGCAUCAACUUCUUCAGUGCCAGGGUCUUCGUCAGAGCUGCUGGAGUGCCCUUUGUGCCUACUGCGCCACGCACGCGAUCACUUCCCAGACAUCAUGACCUGCCACCACCGCUCCUGCGCAGACUGCUUGCGACAGUAUCUGCGCAUUGAGAUCUCAGAGUCACGAGUCAACAUCAGCUGCCCCGAGUGCGCUGAGCGCUUCAACCCCCAUGACAUCAGGAUGAUCCUGGGAGACCGAGCCCUCAUGGACAAGUACGAGGAGUUCAUGCUGAGGAGGUGGCUGGUGGCUGAACCUGACUGCCGCUGGUGCCCAGCCCCUGACUGCGGUUAUGCAGUCAUUGCAUUUGGAUGUGCCAGCUGCCCAAAGAUCACCUGCGGGCGUGAGGGCUGCGGGACAGAGUUCUGCUACCACUGCAAACAGCUGUGGCAUCCCAACCAGACGUGCGACACCGCACGGCAGCAAAGGGCCCAACACUUCCGGCUGAGGAGUUUCAGGUCGUCCUCACUCAGCUACAGCCAGGAGAGUGGCGCUGCAGGUGAUGACAUCAAACCAUGCCCUCGCUGUGCAGCCUACAUCAUCAAGAUGAACGACGGAAGCUGCAAUCACAUGACCUGCGCCGUCUGCGGCUGUGAGUUCUGUUGGCUUUGCAUGAAAGAGAUCUCUGACCUGCACUAUUUAAGUCCAUCGGGCUGCACCUUCUGGGGGAAGAAGCCGUGGAGCAGAAAGAAGAAGAUCCUGUGGCAGCUUGGCACAUUGGUGGGCGCUCCUGUGGGUAUCGCCCUUAUUGCUGGCAUCGCCAUCCCUGCAAUGAUCAUUGGCAUUCCUGUCUAUGUGGGUAGAAAGAUUCAUACUCGCUAUGAAGGCAAAGACAUCUCCAAACACAAGAGGAACCUGGUGAUAGCUGGCGGCGUGACGUUGUCUGUGAUCGUGUCUCCUGUGGUUGCCGCGGUCACUGUUGGAAUUGGCGUUCCCAUCAUGCUUGCGUACGUCUACGGUGUUGUCCCGAUCUCCCUGUGCCGGAGUGGAGGUUGUGGAGUCUCUGCCGGCAAUGGGAAAGGAGUGCGAAUUGAGUUUGACGAUGAAAAUGACAACAUAGGCAACGGUGCUGCAGCCACAGACACAACCUCAGUGGCGGAGACUCGCCUCAACAACGCCAGCCUUGGCGAUGGUGCGAGUGUUGGUGGUCUGACGGGUCUGAGCCUCAGUGUGAGCGGAAGCAACAUAGAGCGCUGCGGCGUAAGUUCCACCCAGCGGGAUAACAUGAGCGACAAUGCCAGCACCACAGCCCUCGCUGGGACCAGCAUCACCGGAAGCCUCUCGGGCAGCUGCUACAACCGGAUGGAAGUCCAGGCCGACGUCCAGAAGGAACGCUGUAGCCUUAGUGGGGAGUCUGCCACAGUCAGUCUGGGGACGAUGAGCGACAACGCAAGCACAAAAGCCAUGGCGGGGUCCAUCCUCAACGCCUACAUGUCUCUGGAAAGAGACAACAGUCUGGAGGUGCAGGCAGACGUGGAGUCUAAGCAGGAGAAGGUGAGACACGGAAGCGCCAGCAGCAGCCUGGAUGAAGCCAGCUGUAGUAGCAGCUCUGCCGGCCUGAAAGGAGCUACGUGCUCGUGUCCCUCCACCUGUCGCUGUGCUCAGCAAGCCAACCACUCCUGCCCCUGCCCGCCGUGGUCAAAGGACGCCUCCACCUCUGGGGUCAAAACGAGCAAGGGCAAGCGUUGGAAAAAAGCCAGCAGCAUCAGCAAAGGAGAGGCAAAAGUUAACGAGAUGCAAGCGGACAUGGACACUCAGCUUCUGGAGCAGCGCAGCACUAAUUCUUCAGAGUUCGAUUCUCCGUCCCUGAGCGGCAGCCUUCCCUCUGUGGCCGAGUCGCACUGUAGCCACUUCUCAUCUGAGCUCAGCUGCUCAGACCCCGAGACCUCGAGACCGGCUCCUGCACCCUGCUCUCCCCCAUUGGACGCCCACCCUCAUAAUCUCAUCACCGCCUUCAGUGACGUCACCAUCACGCCCAUGCCAGAGGUGGAACACGACCGCCUGGAGCACUUCCCGCCUCAGAUAAGCCACUCAGCCUUCACCUGCCGCCUGCUGUCUUCAUCUCCACCUGCUUCGCCAAAAGAGGGAAGUAGCGGGACGUUUCUGUACAUCAGCGAGGAGAGUGUUGGUGACACAGAGCCAGAGAAGGAUGAGAGCUUGAAGGAGACCAUUUGCAGCGCUGUGCAGCCUGUAAACCAAACAAGAAAACGCUGUAUACAAACGGACAUCUAAAGGAGCUCUUCAGGCAUGAUACUGCACAAACACAGCAAGCUCAGUUAGCCUUAUCACCCAGUGCCACUUUUAAACGCAGGCACCGUCCCUACCCUCCAUGCAUCUUGGGAAUCGUGAUCAAGAUUAAGGCUAUAAAUGAAUUAUAUAUAUUUUUUUUUUAGAAAUAUCUGAAUGUCAGGGUUGAGGUUUAAGUCAGAGAGGGAGAGAGAGGGAGAGAUUUCAGGAGCAACAAGAACAUGACCAGAUGUGUGACAUCUAAGCGAGAUGUUAAAGCACCCAGCGGUGCUUCAAGGCCUAUAGUAAGUAGAGUUGCAUGUACAGGGAGAGGUGUGUAAAGCAAGUUACAUCAGGUGGUGCAGAAGGUCCAGCUUUCAUGAUGAUCUGCAAACUCUUUUCAGUCCUGGUGGGUUUUCCAAAUCCCACAAACCAGUUUUGACCCUUUCCCUCCCCAAAAAAGAAAAGAAGCAGAACUGAAAAAGCCGGAUAAGAGCAAAUAAAAUGUCUUGACAAAACUGAGCUGCUAUAAAAAAAAAAAAUCCACACCAACUUCUCCUUGAGCACAUUAGCAAAAAAGAAAAAAAAAAAACGAGCAAAAACCAGAGGGAUGUGUCCCCGCUGUGGUCCACCACCAGCUCUUUCUGUGAAUUCUUUAAAUGGCAGCGAGAAACGCCACAGUCGGAGAGGGGCGUGGAGGCGUCUGCCAAGCAUUUACACUUUAGAGGGACCAGCUAUUCAGCCGCAGAUUUUAUGGUCUGCAAUCAUAUAUAAGAAAAAUAUUAUCUUUGCUUUUUGUUUAAAAUGUGAUUCCUGUCAUGUGUUUGCUUAUUUUAUUUUCCAUUUUGGGAAAGUUGGUUUUAAUGUUGAAGCCCUGUGUUGGGUCCAACUGUUUAUUAUAAGCGGGUGGGAACUGUGAUAUCAGAAAUACUCAAAUACUCAUCCCUUCAUCUCUCCUUUUUUAUUUGUUGUUGUUCUGGUUGCACCUGUGCAGAUAUAAAAACCUUCACUGCAAGCUUUGAAUUGAAUUGUGCGGUGUAUUUAAGAAAAGGGAUUUUUAAGCUGUUCCUUGUAAACAAAACAAAGCAGAUCCCAACAUUUCAACAAGCAUUUCAGACUUGUUUUAAAACUAGAACUACUAGAAGUACCCACGCAGUAAGAACAAGCGUGUCAGGCACACCGCAGCAAGUUGCAGUCAGACGUUUAUCCAAGCACAUAAAUCUUAAUCAGUAUUCAGUAGCAAAUGUACAGUAGUAAUGUUAAAUUGUCUAAUUUUUUCCCCCUCGUAUAAAUCAAAAAGCUAUUUUUUAUUCAGAGCUUUGUGUGUAUUUUAACUACAACAUGUUCUUGUGAUGUUUCUGAAGACCUUGCAAAUGAUUAAUGCAGAUAAUUUUAUAAUUAUUGAACCUACAGUGCCUUUCGGGGGAGGGUGAGGGGUUUUAUUGUGUUUUGUUCUUGUUCUCUGUGUGUUUCAUCAAAUGAUAAAUGUAAAAAAAAAAAGAUAGUUAUUAUAUUUGCCACAUAAAAUGCACCAAAACUUGAUAAACACCAUUCCCAGAAUGCUAAUGCAGACUGUCGCAGUAGCUGGUGUUGACUACCAAAGAGCCGCUCUUAGGCCGCUGCAGUGGACACGUCAACAGUGACAGAAUCAUUUUUUUAAAAAAUCUACUUUAGUGCGUAGAAAUUGAAAAUCAGAGCAAUAAAAUAUUGGAUUAAACCCAGUACUCACAACCAAAAUGUUUAUCUGAAUUUAAAUCGUUGUUAGGAUUUGUUUUUAAUAUUCCCCUGAAGUAGCCAAAGUUUUUAAAGUUGAUGUCAUGCACAAGUUGGCAAUAAGAUCCCUUUAAUCCAAAGUAGUCGGCAUCAUGAGUAUCGUGAGCACAGUGACACUACAGGCUACGUCUAGCUUUCAGCAGCUGGAGCACAUUUUCAGCCCGACCACAGAUUGCUCCUCUGUGACGUCAGGCAGCUCGUGGUGAGCUGGCUAUCUGCUAAAAAUAAAUAAAUAAAAAGUUUUGGUAAACCUCACAAGCCUCCAGCUGCAGGUUAUUCCCUCCGUUUUGUAACCUACCUGCUGCUGAAAAUGAUACAACUUCAGAGUCAAAUAGAUCCUCCGAGGUUUUAUUAUUUGGAGACGAGUGGCAGGUGUGUUUUCUAAUUGGGUCAGAUAAGCUUAUGAUAUUUUAAAAAGUAUGUAUUACCUAAUUAUUUGCUUUAUAAUGUGCAUGCAAAUGCAUAUCGUUUAAUAAACUUCACAAUCAA